GGGUGAGUGGGGGGGGGUGGUGCCCCCUACCCAAGAUGGCCGCGCCGGCUUCACUGUAACGAGACACGCGUCAUUGAGAUCACUGGGAGUGGUGGGGUCCCCCCUGCUCCGUCUUCUUCUUCUUGCCUGGGUCUCGGCUACUCCGCAGGGUCUCCGCAAGGGCCCCCCUUUCUCCUAACAAGGGCCCCCCUUUCUCCUAGCAAGGGCCCCCCUUUCUCCUAGCAAGGGCCCCCCUUUCUCCUAGCAAGGGCCCCCCCUUUCUCCUAGCAAGGGCCCCCCUUUCUCCUAGCAAGGGCCCCCUUUCUCCUAGCAAGGGCCCCCCUUUCUCCUAGCAAGGGCCCCCCUUUCUCCUAGCAUAUCCCCACCCCCCGCCGAAGAGAUGGGGCCUAAAGCGAAGGGUGGCGGCAAGGGGGCGAGCAAAGGGGGUGGCGCGGCGGCUGAUGGAGACGGGGAGAGCGGUGGGGGCAAGAAGGCCUCCGUGCCCAAGGGGGGCGGCACCUCCGUCAAGGUGCGCCACAUCCUGUGCGAGAAGCACGGCAAGGUGAUGGAGGCGAUGGAGAAGCUCAAGAGCGGCGUCCGGUUUAACGAGGUGGCGACUAACUUCAGCGAGGACAAGGCUCGCCAGGGAGGCGACCUCGGCUGGAUGGUACGAGGUUCCAUGGUGGGUCCUUUUCAGGAAGCGGCCUUCGCUUUGCCCGUGAGCUCCCUGGCCAGCCCGGUGUACACCGACCCUCCCGUCAAAACCAAGUUCGGAUACCACAUCAUCAUGGUGGAAGGUCGCAAGUGAAGCCGGUGGAAAUCGCCGGACGGACGGACGCUGAGAACCGCUCGCAAGGCUGCGGCGGCUGGAGUCCCGGGUCCUCACAACGAAAACAGGAGCAGCGGCUCGCGUUUGUGACGCGCUCCGAACGGGACGAACGCCUCCGUCCGUUGAUCUCACGGCGGCCGUGGAGGGAACAUUUGCCUUGGGAUACUUCGGCGUAUCGUCUCCGUCGAUCGCGAUCGUCGUGGGUUUACAAUGUUAACGGAUAAUUAGUUAGUUAAUUUGGACUUUGCACAAUUCUCAUACUUGUCAGCGCCGACCUGAUUACAGACCAUUUCAGACUUUAUUGGUCACCCCGUACCCUUGUAUAAAUCUCAACGUUAAUCCUACAAAGUCCCAUCACAAGGGAGAAACACAAACAAAUAGACGAUUUUCGAUUUAAAGCUUUCGUGACUGCAGGGAUUCAUCUUCUUGGUUCUUUCGGUAAAGUCACGUAGAAGGGAAAUAAUAAAAUAAUAAAAAUUAAAUAA